UCCACCUCUGGCUGUUCUGAUCAAUUGGUUUCUAAUAUUUUCAUUAUUUUUUCGCAAGAAAAUGAAUUUCUUCGACAAUUCAAUGUUCUCCAUACCUGAAAUGACUUUUAUAAAGUUUCAUUUAUCAAAGGCAAUUGCAAAAAGUCGAGAAAACACGUUGGAAAACCUUGAUAGAAGUGAGAGUCGUUUCUUAGUCAGAGAGUACAUUGUUCCAGUUUUUGAAGAGAUUACAAAAGAUAUUACUGACAAUGGGAAUUUUAUGGAAGAAAAGGAUUAUGUUUUGAUGAGAAUUCAUGGAUGGUUCUUCUUGUCGUGGAUGAAUUCAAAACUGAACUGUACUUUUAAGACAAGGACUGAUUUCCAAGCCAUUGGUACUCUUUUUUAUAUUGACAUGAUAACCGCCUGUGGACUUGAGAAAUAUACCAUACAGUGUCUCUCCUACAUAAGUGGAAAAUCUCGUGAGAUGUUGGUGAGCGAACUUUCUUGCUGUUUCUCGGAACUUGAAGAAAAUGGUAAAAAAUGUUUGUUGCAAAAGCUUAUCAAUUUUUGUCUCUUUUUUCUCGGAAAUAUUGAUGAUGAUUCAUUGAAAAUGUCAAAUUGUAAAUUGUGUGAUAUUUUAACACAAUUGUUAAUGGGCAUCAACCAACAAGAACAUUUGCAUCUGCUCUUGAAACAAAUUUCUGAUCAUUUGCUUAACCUUGUCAAGGCUUUCAACAACAUGCGCAAAGAAUUUGGCAAUAUAUUCAUAAAGAAAAUGAAUGUUUUGGAAUUUGAUGAAAUCAAGUCUCAUUUCACAGGAAAUAUAGAAAAUCUUCUAGUAAAAGAGAAACUUAUUACAAAAUCUACUGGAAAUUUAAAAUUUGGAGAUUCAACGCAAGAUUUUUGUGAAACAUUUUUUCAAGACAAUUGUACUCAAAAUCAAGAACUUUGGCAUGCUAUUUCUGGUCUUGUGAAAUGUGUGUAUGAUUUUAUGUCAUUGAAAUUAAAGUCAUCCUUUAAAUGGGAGUUAAACAGACUAAAUGAGAAAACUAUUGUGGACAUACAUGAUCAGAAUAUUCACAACAUCAUUGUUGAGUUGUACGUUACCUGUAAAAUUGUCAUAAUUUGUUCAGAGAAGACAAGAUUCAAUGUUUCCUUGAUUGAUUUUCAAAAGCUCACCAAAGUUCUCGAACCAUAUAUCCAAAAACAUGCAACAACUGAAGCAUCAACUUUGUUAAAAGAUGAACUUGUCAAGCAAAGUGAAAAUAAAGAAGAAAUCAUAUUUGGUACUCUGGAAGAAAAUUUCCAAAAUGCCUUGAAGUGUAUUAAAAACAUUGACUGUGGUCAUGAAGUGUGUUUUGAUUGGUUGUUGAUGAAAGAAGAACUUUACACUGACAAGAGAUGGUUGCACAUUGUUCAAACUUAUUCAAAGGCUUAUGUAACAAUUAAGAGAGUAAAAAUGCUUUUGGACAUCUUAGCUUUGUUUCAAGAAUAUGACUUAGCACAAGGUUCCCAUGAGUCUGCUUAUAAUGCCUUGAAAGAGGUCGUUUUGGAUCUGAUUCCCAUUUUCACUCUUCCCGAACAGAAAGAAAUUCUUCUGUACAACGUCCUUUUAACAAGUCAUCAUUUUGACUGCUACAAAAAUUCCUUUUUUGUGAAUCACGAGAAAAAAUCCGACGAGAGAUUUGUCGUGGUUCAUUUAACGUCAAUCUUAAAUAAACUCGUCGAUGAUUCAUCGACAAUCAUCAGUAAAAAUGUCAUUGAUGGUAUCAUCCAAGGAUGUUUAAUGUCACCUUAUCUUACUCUACUACAACUUUUAAAGCAAGCUUGCAGACAAAAUGGAUAUGAAAAAGUUUUAAGCAAGUUACUUCAGAACAUACCUUGGCUUGUCGAGAUUCGCUGUAAUGACGGUGGAAAACUGCUGUUUCAUGUUGUAUCAGAUCUUAUGGUGUUUUUUGGUUCAGCCAGUCAAAACGAUGUGUACAGUUUGUGAAAGUUUUAGAAGCAUUGAUGCAGCCGUAUAGAAAUCCGCUGUUUGGAUUCGAGGAAUCCGCUUUCUUAAAACCCAUUGAAAUAACCAAAUUUCUUGUUCUCCCUGAAUUAUGCAAUGAAGAAAUUGAGACGGGAAAGGAGAUCUCCUUUAAUCUCUUGCUACGUAUUCUAAAGCAAUGUCUUGGAAGUUCAAUUAUGUCUACAAACAAGAAUAGUAUGGAAAUACAAAAUCUACUUGACGUUUUGUUUAUCUUGCUGAAACAUUAUCAAUACAUCGAAUGGUUUUGGGAUG